GGAAGUCUCGGGGUUUCCUCUUUCAGUCAAACACCAGAGCCGGAGGAAAGAGACGGAGGAGAGAAGAGCAUGAGGCCCCCGGACAAAUCCAGACUCCCCCGACCCUGAGACUCAGCGACUCGUCGGCCGGAGGAAACUUCUGGAGACGCUUCUGUCCCGGAUCUGUUAUUGGCCCCUCCCACUCUAGGGCCACAGUCUGGGCUCCUCCCACUCAUUUAAUACCCGGGGCCCCACAUUCCUGAUCUUGUGACUGAGCUGAGGGGAGACCCUGCUGGGCACUGACUCACACGAGCUGCCUGGGGCCCUGAGUGUGGGGCCCUAGAGAGGGAACUGCUGGAUGUUGUACAAGGGGCCCAGCUAUUGGCACUUUCUCACUCACUUUGUGCCCCACUGGGACUUGGUCACAUUGCCCCUGUCUGGGGGGUAUUUACAUUGGUGCCUCUGGAUUUGACCCCAGGAGCUGACAUGUCGUCUGGCUGUGGGGGUCCCUCCCUGGUUACUAAUAUGUCAUUCCCCUGGUACCACCGAGAUCUGAGCCGGGCAGCAGCCGAGGAGUUAUUGGCCAAGGCAGGGAGAGAUGGCAGUUUCUUGGUGCGUGACAGUGAGAGUGUUACUGGGGCCUAUGCCCUCUGUGUCCUGUACCAGAAGCACGUGCACACUUACCGGAUCCUGCCCGAUGAGGAGGACUAUCUGGCUGUACAGACCUCUCAGGGGGUGCAGGUGCGACGCUUCAAGACUCUGGGGGAUCUCAUUGCUCUGUACCUGCAGCCCAACCAGGGAAUGGUGAGCCCCCUGCUGUACCCCGUGGAGCGAGAGAAGGAAGUGGCCGAGGACAGAGAUUACUCAGAUGGUGAAGAUGAGAAGCCGCCUCUCCCCCCGCGCUCGGCAUCAGCAAGUUUCAGUUUGGCUCAGAGCCCCCCAGCAUGUGCCCAGGAUUCCAGUUUCAGUGACAGUUGCACCAAUGGGCUGAGCAGCAUCUCGCACGAGUACCUGAAGGGAAGUUACUCACUGGAUCUCGAGGCCGUCCGAUCCGGAGCCACCAACCUGCCGCACUUAAACAAGACUCUGGUGGUCUCCUGCAAGCGACUGCACGGGGAGGUGGAUAAAGUCCUGUCUGGGCUGGAAAUUCUCUCCAAGAUCUUCGACCAACAAAGUCCCUCCACUGUCUCAAAGAUCCUCCAGCAGAGUGCCAGUCAGACGGGGGAGCAGGAGCUGGAGAACCUGGUCAUGAAACUGUCUGUCCUGAAGGACUUUCUGUCCAACAUUGAGAAGAAGGCACUGAAAGCUCUGCAGGACAUUAGCACCUCUGCACAAUCUGCCCCAACCUCCCAGUCCUCCCGGAAGUGCAAGAGUGUCCCGGUGCAGUCAUUCGAGGUGAAACUAGACAUGGCCGACCUGACCAAGAUAGUCAAGUCACAGAAGUACUCGCUGAACGUGGAUGUGGACGGGGGGAAACUGGUGGUGAUGAAGAAGGUGAAGGAGUCUCAAGAGGACUGGAACACAUUCACACAUGAGAAAAUCCGACAGCUGAUAAAGUCCCAGCGGGUGCCCUGCAAGCUUGGCAUCGUGUUUGAGAAGGAGAAAGACAAAACUCAACGCAAAGACUUCAUCUUUGUCAGCGCCCGGAAAAGGGAAGCGUUUUGCCAGUUGCUGCAGCUGAUGAAGAACAAACACUCCAAUCAGGAUGAGCCUGACAUGAUCUCUGUUUUCAUUGGAACCUGGAAUAUGGGAAGUGUCCCUCCCCAGAAGAACAUCACUUCCUGGUUCUGUUCCAGGGGGCUGGGCAAGACGCUGGAUGACAUGGCAGUGACCAUCCCCCACGACAUCUACGUGUUUGGGACGCAGGAGAACUCCAUGGGGGACAAGGAGUGGGUAGACUUCCUGCGGGGGGUGCUGAAGGACUGCACUGAGAUUGAGUAUCGGCCUGUGGCCAUGCAGUCCUUGUGGAACAUUAAAAUCGUGGUGCUGGUGCGACCGGAACAUGAGAACCGGAUCAGCCACAUCAGCACCUCCAGUGUGAAAACUGGUAUCGCCAACACCCUGGGGAAUAAAGGUGCAGUGGGGAUUUCCUUCAUGUUCAAUGGGACGUCAUUUGGUUUCGUGAAUUGUCACCUGACAUCAGGGAAUGAGAAGACGUCACGGCGCAACCAGAAUUACCUGGAUAUCCUGCGGCUUCUGUCACUGGGGGACAAGCAGUUGAACUCCUUCGAUAUCUCCCUGCGCUUCACUCACCUCUUCUGGUUUGGGGACCUCAACUACCGGCUGGACAUGGAUGUGCAGGAAAUCCUCAAUUUCAUCAGCCGCAAGGAGUUUGACCCCCUGCUGAAAGUGGACCAACUGAACCUGGAAAAGGAGAAAAACAAGAUCUUCCUGCGAUUCAAUGAGGAAGAGAUUGUGUUUCCACCAACGUAUCGAUACGAAAGGGGAUCCCGGGACACAUACGUGUGGCACAAGCACAAACCCACCGGGGUGCGCACAAAUGUCCCUUCCUGGUGUGAUCGGAUCCUGUGGAAAUGUUACCCGGAGACCCACAUUAUCUGCAAUUCCUAUGGCUGCACUGAUGACAUCAUGACCAGCGACCAUUCCCCGGUUUUUGCCUCAUUUGAGGUUGGAGUGACAUCACAGUUUGUGUCUAAGAAAGGUCUCCUUAAGCCGUCAGACCAGGCCUGCAUCGAGUUUGAGAGCAUCGAGGCCAUUGUGAAGACGGCUAGUAGGACCAAGUUCUUCAUUGAGUUUUACUCCGGUUGCCUGGAAGAGUUCAGGAAGAGCAGUGAGAACGACAGUCAGAGUAUCGACAAUGUCAACUUCCUGAAGGUGCAAUGGUCCUCGCGGCAACUGCCAACACUGAACCCUAUAGUCUCAGAGAUUGAGUAUCUGCAAGAUCAGCACUUGCUUCUCACUGUUAAAUCCAUGGAUGGGUAUGAAUCUUACGGUGAGUGCGUCAUAGCACUGAAGUCCAUGAUCGGUAGCACGGCGCAGCAGUUUCUGACCUCCUUGUCUCACCGUGGAGAGGAGACGGGCAACAUCCGCGGGUCAAUGAAGGUGCGGGUGCCAACUGAACGAAUGGGCACAAGAGAGAGGCUUUAUGAAUGGAUCAGUAUUGAUAAGGAUGAGACGGGAGCAGUUAAAGGGAAACCGCCCUGUGCGCGGCCCAAUCACGAGUACACAAGGUCUGCUAGUCGGAGACAUCUCCCGGUGGAGGUGCCCAACCCCAGCCUGGUGAAGCUGUUUGAGGAACCAGAGAAAGGUUUGACCCAUGGCACUUCCCGUUCAUCGGCCGCUCUUCCAAAUACCACCAAGGAGGAGACUGCAGCGCUGCGGCCUAAGGGGGAUUCCCAGUCAGAAGGUGAUGUGGGAAUGAAAAACAGCUUUAAUAACCCCGCCUACUAUGUCCUGGAGGGGGUCCCACACCACAUGUUGCCCCCUGACGGUCAAACGCAGGCAGUUGCCCCCCACAAGAACAAAGUGCCAAUCACUGUGUCUGCUCCGCAUGCAGAAAAACGUCGCCAGCAGUUGUACGUUUCCCCCCGGGGGGAGGAGAUUUCUUCUGAUGAGGAAUGUGGCACCCUGAAUCUGCCACCCCCAGACUUCCCUCCCCCACCUCUGCCCAAAUCUGCAGAGCUGGAGAUGAUGGAUAACCCGUUCUACAUGAGCGCCUCCGAGCUGCACCCCCGACAUGGGCAGGAUGGCAGUCAGAAGCCUGGCGCUGGCAAAGCAAGAGUGGGGGUGACUUUUAGUGAACCUCAAGAUGCCAAGCCCCCCACUAAAUCCCAACCCAGGCCCCCAAUAGCAGCCCCACAGUCCUACCUGUCCGAGCACCCUGCCCAGUCUCAUGGCACCCAGGAUGACCGCUCCUGCUCGGUGCUGCAAAUGGCCCGGACCCUCAGUGAGGUGGAUUACUCCGGGGGCAAAGCUGAUCCUGUGGUGCGAGAAGUGCAGGGCAGAGUCAAAAUGGACUUACCCCCCCGCUGUAUGGACUAUGGACGCCAGCUCUCCUUCCCCCAGCGCUGCAUCCGAGAGAGCAUCCAGGAAGACCUGGCAGAAGAGGCCAUGUAUCAGGGUGGGCGGAGCUCAUCCAGUUUGCACGAGUCCAGUGUAGGGGAGUGGCUACGAGCGAUUGGACUAGAGAAAUAUGAGGAGGGGCUAAUACAGAAUGGCUGGGACGAUCUAGAGUUUCUCAGUGAUAUAGUGGAGGAAGACCUGGAGGAGGCUGGGGUUCUGGAUCCCACCCACAAGAAGAUCAUACUGGACAGCCUGCAGGCCAGCAAGUAGCCCACUCAGAACUUUCCCAGCCGUGGCCUUAGCACCAAUUCCGUGGCCUUACCGUGUACUUUGUGUGGCCUUACCGUGUACUCUGCAUUCGCCUUGCCACCGAUUCUGUGGCCUUACCAUGUACUCUGCGUGGCCUUGCCGUGUACUCUGUGUGGCCUUACCGUGUACUCUGCGUGGCCUUCCUCAGUGUUUACACAAGUUCUUUGCACAACUCGGGGAGUUUCUGGACUUUGUGUGGUCUCAGCCCCGGGGCCCUCCAUGUUUCUCCUCCUCCUGAUGAUUUGGGGGGGGGGGGGUUAGGGGUCACCUGAGCAUUUCAGAACCAGGAGGAGGGGCACAUGGGAUCGGGUCUCGGCACUGAUUUUGUGGAAUUAUUUAGCUGAGGGAGAAUUUGUGGAAUUGCAGCAUUAACCCUGCCCAGUCUGGAGACCAAGAUGGCUGAUUUAGGGAACAGGAGCCCCAGGGUUCUGUACAAGAAGGAUAAAACCCCAAAUCAGAGCGAGAUAUAAAGUAUCAAGCUCAGACCUGUCUACUCCCUGCAGCUGCUGCGUAACUCCCUGCUGUGCUGUAAAUAAUGACACCUGGUUCUCCCAUGUUCCCCAGGGCCCAUCCAUAUAUUUAUGUGGGUGACUACUCCCUGCAGGCUCUUCUUGACACGCCCAUCCCCUGUAUCCCAAUCACUGUUUGGUCAGAGACCCUAAUAUUCCUGUGUCCCCCAGCACCAGCGACACAAUUUUAUUUUUUUAAAGGGAAACUACUUUGGGUAAGAUCUGAGCUCACACUAAGACUUUAACUUGCUUCCUCACCUAUUUACUCUGUGCUGCUCUCUUUCCCAUGGUCAGGGUGCAGAACAGAUUCUUCAUCCUGGUGUAUUGAUGUGGAUGUUCAGAGUAAAGGGGUGUGCUGCUGGCCACAGAGAAAUCACUGCUGUGGGAAAACAUUACAGGCAAGUGCAAGUUCUGCUGCUUGGCCAUGGGAAAGAGAGCAGCCCAGACCCAAGAAGAAGAGAGAAGUGAGAGCUGUACUUAAGUAAGGACUGGGAAUAGGUUGGAUUCACUUAACCCCAGAGGGAAGAUUUAUAAAGGGGCUAAUGUGGGUGGGUCCAGGACAUUCUUUUAUGGCUCCCCAAGGUGAGCGACAAACCCCGGUUGCUUUACUGCCCCAUAUAGACGAAGUGUGACGGCAUCAGAAUGCCUGACUUCUAGGCGAAUCAGAUUCAUUUGCUCCCUGCAGUACGGCCAGUGAAAGUAGGAGGAUUGCUGUGGUGGCCUGUGACUUGGUGCCAGUACAAUGGGGGAUUGGGUGGGGAGACCCCUCUGUCAAUAAGGGGCCGGGUAAAUACACAAACCAAACUCAAGCAAUAAAAUCCUGGAAAAGGGAAUUGUGUUCAAAGGUGAGACAAUGCAGAUAUUCCCCAGGGACAGUAGGUGGCGCCACAGACACUCAGGCUCAGCACUCAGCUUUUAUGUGCGUCGCUCCGUUAUCCCAAUGAAAGGAAACGUCUGAUUGGUUGAAACUGGUGCUGCAAAAUGGCAUCUCAGUUAUGGAAUUUUGCACAGUGAGCCCAAAUGCGUGUGUAAACCAUUCUAUGGGCCAGAGAUAGGGGCGGGGAUACAUUAUAAUCAGGGAAUUGCUGUAUUUCUUGUGCUCCAGACCCCGCCUGGUGCAGAUACGCUACACGUAUGUUCCUCACACACUGCUGGUAUAUUUACCUGUGUCAUUGGCGUGUAUUCCUACAUGUCUGUAAGGCACCUGCACCCACUGCACUGCCCCUGUGUAACUUAUAUGUAUAUUUAUUGCAGCACUCACCUUGAUAAAGGGACACCCAAUGCUCUUUAUGGCCUGUAGGGGGAGCUGUACCUGCCAGUGAGUAUGAGGGUGGGUUUUUAUAUCUUUCUAUAGGCUUGCUUUGUAGCCACUGCCCAGGGGGCACUUUAUGUACAUGAUAUUACACGUCUGUGCCUAUAGGCUGGUCUCAGCCAAGUUCACUCAUUUCCUAGUGGCCUUUUCCAUUUCAAUAGGGCCCCUCCGAAGGUUUUUGGGGGGGCACCAAACUCAAUGAACGUUAUGUAUUGAGGAAUGUGUGUAUCCUGACAAUAAAAUCCUAUGCUGAGA